CCCCAAACCCCCCUUCACUCUUUUUCUGCAUCCCGCCGCCAUGUCCGGCUCAUUUUGGCGCUACGGCAACGGCUACAACGCCAUCUCGCCCAUCACCACAUUGCUCGAAAAGGCGAAUAACCCGGACGACGCGGAGGACUUGCGGUUGGAAGACUUGCUAGACGAGUCUGAGCUCCUUCAGGAGUUGAUGUCCUCCAACUCCGCCUUGAUCGAGUAUUUGCGCGAUGCCAGCGUGUUGCAGCGCUUGGUCGAGCUCAUCGUGAAUGACACGACACAGGAUGAGGUGGAAGAUACCGAGGAUCAUGAAACAGAGUUUGAACCACAAGAGCGUGAAAUGCAGAAUGAAACACGAGAAGAGAGCAAAACUGGUGUAAUUGAUGACGUCAAUACUAGCGCGGAUUCCAACACAGAUAUGGAUGCUAGUGCUAAGACUGAUGCUAAGAUUGAUGCUGGUGCUAAGAUUGAUGCUGGUGCUAAGACUGAUGCUGGUGCUAAGACUGAUGCUGAUGCUAAUGCUGAUUCUGAUUCUGAUUCUGAUGCUGAUGUUGAUGCUGAUGUUGAUGCUGAUGCUGAUGCUGAUGCUGAUGUUGAUGCUGAUGCCAAUGCUAAUGCCAAUGCUAAUGCCAAUGCUAAUGCCAAUGCUAAUGCCAAUACUGAUUCCUCGGCAAUUGUCUCUGAUACAGAGGAUGCAGAAGCUACAGGCUCGGCUUCGGAUGACGAAUCCACUGAAACCCCCCAGGAAGCACAAACCAGACGUGCGCAAAUUGCCGCCGAGGUCCUCAGCGCAGAUGUCUGGUCGCUCACCGACGCAUUCAUGGAAAACGUCGACUUGCUCGAGCACUUGUGGGGUAUUCUCGACAAUUCUCCUUUGAGCAUGACCCAAUCCACCUACUUUAUGAAGAUCAACGAGCACCUCCUCGACAUGAAGAUGGACGAGAUGAUUCAGUUCAUCCUCCAGCAGACCAACCUUGUUGCGCGCUUCACCAAACACAUCGACAACCCUCCCUUGAUGGACUUUUUGUUGAAGGUUAUUUCCACCGACAAGCCAGAAAACUCCACCGGAAUCAUCGAUGUGUUACAGGAACAGGGCUUGAUUCCGUGCUUGAUUGCAUUUUUGGCGCCAGAAGUCGCCACCGCGACGCAAUCCGCUGCCGGCGACUUUCUCAAAGCGUUUGUCACCAUCAGCGCCAACUCCAACGCCGACAACUCCACCAUCGGGCCGAACGAGUUGACGCGCGAGUUGGUCAGCGAGCCCAUCGUGAACGAGCUUGUGCGCUUGAUGUUAUUCGGAGGCACCGGGUUGGCCAACGGGGUGGGCAUCGUGAUCGAGAUCAUCCGCAAGAACAACAGCGACUACGAUUACCUCCAGGUGUUGAACGUGACGGUCGAGAGCCACCCGCCGUCACCACGUGACCCUAUCUACCUCGGGACGUUGGUGGAGAUCUUCAGCAAGAAUCUCCACCGUUUCAUCGACAUGUUGACGGUCACGUCUGCCAAGCUCUUGGAAACGCCGUUCGGCGCCAUCGAGCCCUUGGGCUUCGAGCGCUUCAAAAUCUGCGAGUUGAUCGCCGAGUUGUUGCACUGCUCAAAUAUGGCGUUGCUCAAUGAGGUUUCCGGAAAGGAGAAGGUGCAAGAGCGCGAUACGGAGCGCACCCGGCUCAAAAACUUGUACCGCAUCGCGUUCAAGUUUAAUGAAAUGUACCCACCGUACUUGAAUGAGGACGAGCCCGCCGACGACUCGAUAUUGGGCGAUUCGCUCGCCACGAACCACGGCUUCGGCAGCAGCGAGUCGGUCGAACUCCACGAAAACCUCUCAACCAGCUUCACCACAUUAGACAUCCAGGAUGAUGAAUUGCCCCACAAUGUGCUUGAGGAGCUCGAGACGCCUCCGCCGGACCCCGCUCCCGUUUUUGGGACCCCGGACAUUCACGCGGAAAUUGAUACCGACGCGGAUGCUACGUUCGAUGAGUCGUUUGACGAGUCGCUCGUGAUCGAGCACGAUAUGCAAGAGAGCGCAUUGCGCCGCGAGCCCGUGGUGGGCGACCAGUUGAAGAUUGCGUUAGCCGACAACAGCGUCGUCAUCUCAAUCCUCAACAUGUUCUUCCGCUUCCCGUGGAACAACUUCUUACACAACGUGGUGUUUGACAUCGUGCAGCAGAUCCUCAACGGCAGUAUGGACAUUGGCUACAACAAGUACCUUGCGAUUGACUUGUUCGGACGCGGUUCCGUGCACAAGAUGAUCAUCGACGGCCAGGCCAAGUGCGAGACGUACGAGCAGGAGUCCGGGUUGCGUCUUGGUUAUAUGGGCCAUUUGACAUUGAUAGCGGAGGAGGUGGUCAAGUUCACCCAGAUGUAUCCGCCGGGCACCCUCUCCGGGGUCAUUGACGACAGUGUGAGCCAGCCAGAAUGGGAGAACUACGUGUCCAAGACAUUGUACGACACGCGUGAGCGCUACAACGCGAUCUUGGGUGGCAGCGCCGGGUUCGACGAGGACAGUGUGGUGGAGGAGCCCGAGGCGGAGGAACCUGAGGAAAACGGCGACCAGUUCUCGCGCUACAUGUCGCAGGAAUUGAGUAAUGACUUCCCGACGGCGUUCGGGUCUAGCGAUGAGGACGAUGAGGACGAUGAGGUGACGGGCUGGAGCUCCACCGAGUACUCCAAGUUCAACGCCAGCGGCGACGCCCAGAUGUACGAGGACGACUACGAGGACCCCAACGACGAUGGCAACAGCUACGCCAAGAAGGACCAUCCGUUGUACGCGCCGCGCGCCGAGAGCAGUGAUGAAGAGUUCGACAGUUCGUCUGACGAAGAGGCUGAGCAGCCGAAGUUGACUAGAAGCAACAGUAAGGGAGAGGCUGAGUAAAGUGAUGUAAUAUACAAAAUAGUGAAUUAAGAAAAGGCGGGAGGAUAGGAAUAUAACGGUGGGACAUUGAGCCGGUAUUGGUUAAAGCGAUAUAUCGGGUUACUAUUACCCAAUCAUAUCUCAAGCUCAAUCAGAUCUCUAACUCAAUCAUGUCUCUAUAAUGCAUGUCCAAAUACGAAAAUUAAAAAUGGUGAGCGGUCA